UAAAUGGACAACCUUGAAACAAAGAGGUCCCUAUUGCCCCGCCCAAGAAAUGCCAGACCCCGAGUAUUAUCGCGACGUAAUUGGAUGAUUGUUCCGUCGGUUACCCGAUUGGGCGGGGACUGCGGGCCGCUGCUAUGGAGGCAGUGGGUGGAGUCUAGAGGAGACUGGUAUCGGGGGUGGUCUGCCUGAUGAAGGCGAGCCGGUUAGAGAACGGUGGGGAAGGAGGAUUAUCGGAACCGGUCGCGUAGAGCGUUACUCGGUACCGGAGGAAUCUGCUGACGAGAAGUCGUGAUUUCCGGUCUCCGAGUCUCCGGACUUAUCGUCUUCCUGAACAUGGACGAUACCAUUUACAUUCCCGCCGACCUGACUCCAGAAGAACGUAUUGAGCUCGAGAACAUCCGCCGCAGGAAACAGGAACUGCUGGAAGAGAUCCAGAGGCUGCGAGAUGAGCUGAGCGAGGCUAUGAAUGAGGUGGAAGGCCUGGAGGCCAAUGAAGGAAGCAAAACUUUGCAAAGAAACCGGAAAAUUGGAAUGGGCAGAAAGAAGUUUAAUAUGGACCCUAAAAAGGGUAUAGUGUAUCUCCAGGAAAACGAGUUACUUAGAAACACAGCAGAAGACAUAGCACGCUUCUUGUACAAAGGGGAAGGGCUGAAUAAGACGGCUAUUGGGGACUACUUAGGAGAGAGGGAGGAUUUGAAUAUUUCCGUUCUUCAUGCCUUCGUGGAUCUCCAUGAGUUUACAGAUUUGAACCUUGUUCAAGCUCUCAGGCAAUUUCUCUGGAGUUUCCGUCUGCCAGGAGAAGCCCAGAAGAUUGACCGCAUGAUGGAGGCUUUCGCUCAACGAUAUUGCAUGUGUAAUCCAGGGGUGUUUCAGUCCACAGACACCUGCUAUGUGUUGUCUUUUGCGGUCAUCAUGUUGAACACUAGUCUACAUAAUCCCAAUGUCCGAGACAAGCCGGGUGUUGAAAGAUUCAUUUCUAUGAACAGAGGCAUUAAUGAUGGAGGUGACCUCCCUGAGGAACUGCUUAGGAAUUUGUAUGAUAGUAUCAGAAAUGAGCCAUUUAAGAUCCCAGAGGAUGAUGGGAAUGACCUCACACACACCUUUUUCAAUCCCGACCGAGAAGGCUGGCUUCUGAAAUUGGGAGGCGGCCGGGUAAAAACAUGGAAGCGGCGUUGGUUCAUCUUAACUGACAACUGUCUGUAUUACUUUGAAUAUACCACGGAUAAAGAGCCAAGAGGGAUUAUCCCACUGGAGAACCUGAGUAUCCGUGAAGUUGAAGAUCCUAGGAAACCGAACUGCUUUGAGCUUUAUAUACCAAACAACAAAGGACAACUAAUCAAAGCAUGCAAAACGGAGGCUGAUGGAAGAGUAGUGGAAGGCAACCAUAAUGUCUACAGAAUUUCUGCCCCAACUCCAGAAGAGAAGGAAGAAUGGAUCAAAUCUAUACAGGCUGCAGUUAGUGUGGACCCCUUCUAUGAGAUGCUAGCUGCCAGGAAGAAAAGAAUCUCUGUCAAGAAAAAACAGAUGCAACAGCAGGAACAAGAACAGUCUUAGAGGAGCUCUGACUUCUGGGAAACUAGCAUCUUCUGACAUGCAACCACUUCUGAGCACUCCAUUGCCAAAUAAGGAUGGUGACGAUUGCCGCUGCCCAUGGGUGGCGUACUGUGAAAACGAAGAACUUGUUUGCACUGGAUGCCUAGUGUAGUCGCUAGAGCAUAGCUGAACUUGAUCUAACCUCCGCCAUUUCAAGCCUGUACUCAGUGGAGUUUUAUAGGCGUUUGAUCACAUCGAGGACUCUGGUUGUUGGAUUUUGACUUUUAUUUUUUCCUCUACUUUUGUGUAGAAAAUAUUUUUGUUUAAUUGAACUUUAAACCUAUUAGACAAUUAUGUGGUGUGAAAAAUGCGCAUGAAAAAGCAAUAUGAUCCAAAACAUUUCCGUUGCCAUAGCACAAAGUCAGCUUCACAUUUGUUCUAUUACCUCUUGUUUUUGACAAAUUGCAUUUCAGAUUUUACUACUAUUUUGCCAGAUGGCCCUCCAGAGUUGGUAGGACUGCCUCGUAAUUUGCCACUUACGGGGGGUUAGCCAUGACUCCUUUCACUUAUUGGGUUGGUAUUUUUUAUUUUAAUAGGCAAAAAUUUACCCUUCUGGAAAAGCAUAUUAGUUUGUGUUGGUAUUUUGCAAUAGUCCAUUGCUGCUGGCAGCUUGUAGAUCAAAAUUGCUUAUCCAGGAUAACUUCUGCUCAAUCACAGCAGAAAAUAAAAAUCAUAAUAAAAGAGAGUCAAUCUUGGUUGUAGAGACAAAGGCAAUGAGGCACUAUUGGCACACUGUCAUGAGGCACUAUUGGCACACUGUCAUGAUGCACUAUUGGCACACUGUCAUGAUGCACUAUUGGCAGACACCAAUAUAAUCCACUCUGACUGUCAAAAGUUUUGUGAAAUGAUAGUAACAAUAACAUAUAAUGCAGUCCACAACAUAUGAGUCUGCAUUAUCUGCAGUGAAAAACAAUACACACAGCAAGAGGUCAUGAAUCAUGGUUUUCUUUUUUUCUUUAACAUAUAUACAAGAGCACUUCAUCCUAUUUAUUUCUGUAUUUAACGUUCUAUGAUAAGGUCUGUUUUAGUUUCCUUUGUUAUCAGAUUUGUCAGUAAGUGGUUUUGGCAACACAAUUUAAUGUUUUUAGGCUUUUUCAUUCUCGCUAAUGCCUAUUCCACUAGUAAAGGCAUACAGAGCUGUGUUUGCAACUGAUUCUAAGGUUUGGUUUUGCAUUAACUCUUUUUAUAGCAGUGAAUUUUUGCUAUAGACACUAAUCCUAUAGAAACUGGAUGCAGCUGCUUCUUUCUACUGUGUGGGAUACAAGGUUCCAGUGCAUGUCAUUGCUUUUGUCUCUGCAGAUCGAAGAAAAUAAUUCUUAAGGUGUCAUUGUGCAUAAGCAAUGCGAUUUUAGUUUAACCAAUUUAAAAGGCACUUCUAUAUCUGAAUUUCAUCUUCUUAGCCUCCUUUGGCAUGUUUGCGGGUGGCAGAGGUUGCCGGCAAGUCAAAAGCAACUGAUGCGGGGAACUUACAGUUUGCUUAACUCAAAUUGACCUGCACAGCUAUGCGGUUUCCCCAAGUCCCAGUAUAGUUAAUAGGAAUUAUGCUAAUUGAUUUAGCUGCUUUCUGCUUCCCAACCACCUCUAGCAUCCCUAAACUGGUCACAGGGGAUCGGGAAGACAAAAUUCAGAUACAGAAAAGCCUCUUUAAACCUAAAGUCUGUUUUAUGUCCAUUUGAUGUGCAGAUGAUUACAAUGUAUUGUUCUGUUAUCAGUCACUUCUGGCUGGGAGGCCGCAGACUAGUAUUCAGGAAGUUUGAUCUUUUUCCAGCUUUUCUCUUUUAGCUGCAUUAUAGGCUCAAAUGAAAACUACUGACCUGCUAUAAAUUAGAUUUUCAGUACAAGACUUACCUCUAGCUUUAGAAAGAAGGGUCCUUUAUUUGGUUAUACUAGAUUUCUGGAGUAUGUUGAAGCUACUUGUGCCGCAUAAAACUUUGCUCCACAAUAUGAUGAUAAAACACUACAGUGGGCUAAAGAUGGCCAUGCUUCAUAAUUACACUGGCCAUGCAUGCAUGUUUUUUCUUAUCAUGCGACAAUCGAGAGCAUUUGAAAGCACAUCUUUUGGAUAUGUUUAAGGGGGCAUUAACCAUGUUCCAGUUUUGUAAAGUGACAAGUCGGGCAGGUUGUAUAAUUGUUGUGCCAAAGUGGGGUAUGGUCUCUUAUCCCCCUCUGCACUGUGCCUGUCUGUUACAUUAUCGCAAAAGCUGUGAAAAUGAUUCAGGACUGAAUACCUCACCUUUGAAGGGGUAAGACUUGGUAUUAUGGGAUUGGAGUUUUGGUUUGUAAUUUUUUUUUUCUAUUUAAUAUCUUGUACACAAACAAGUUAAUAAAAAAUGGUAAAUAUUAGUAAUGAGAUUUUGUUCA